CUCCUUCCGCCCUUCAAGCACGCUGGUGAUGGAGGAGUAAAAAGCGACAUGAUUGGUUGACACAGCCAGGAGAGGAGAAAUGUAAACCCAUUCGUUUUGUUGCAUCGGCUCCCCCUCUUUGUCUCCUUUUUUUUGUUUCUCCCCUUUCCUCUCCUUCAAUGACAGAAGCAGCAGCAACAGCAGGAGCCAGCCGGGCGGCGGUGUGGGGGGAAGCUCCACUCGGUGGUGCAAGUAGGAUUUCCCUGCAAGUCUGCGGUAAGGAUAACAACAACAACAACAACAACAACAACAACACCUAGAAUAAACAGCAGGCAUGCGUGUGCGCAAGGAGAGGAAAAAAACAACACACGCACACAAUGCACAAUGGUGUUGCCCGGGGCUGCCGCGAUAGCUCUCUCAAACUAACCAGGGAGAGAGUCGCUCGUCUUGCUUGCUUGACAGCUGCAGGGCCAAUGGAAAUAUGCACGGAGCCAGCUGCGCUAAAGCUGCAGCCAAUGGAAAAAUGUGAAAUGCGGAGCUGCGACUGGAUUCAGAUGAUGCAGUGAAGGGAUAGAAGAUGAAAAUACACAAAAAGGACAAGCAGCAGAUGUUCACUGGUCUCCUGAAGCACACGCCACCUCUGGCCUCUGCUGCAGCGGCCUCCUCCUCUGCCUCGGACCAAAACAGCAACGCACAAACCACAGUCCCUACGAUCCCACGGGGACACCUGGUCUUGGGCCCCAAGGACCAGCUCCGCCUCGUAACCCCAGUGGGCAGCACGGCGGUGUCUAAUCACUGCACGGUCACUGGGGCCCACGCCACUAAGCACUCCGGAGGAGCCCCGAGGCCUCCCUCCUCCAUGAGUGAGGAGGACGAUGGAGGAGGCGGGGGCAGGGUGAAGAAGAAACGAAAGAAAAAGGACAAGAGAGAAUGGGAGAGAGUGGAGGUGGAGGAAAGGGAGAGCAGCAAACCAAAGAAACGAAAGGAUGAGAGGGAGGCGACGGUGGUCACACUGAGGAAGAGCAGGGAGCCCAAGCCAAGCAAAGAGCGAAAAGAGCGCAGGAGUAAAGAGAAGGAGGGCAGGAAAGAGAGCGGGGCAGGCCUGAAGAAUGUGGCAGUUGGGAAAAUGUCUUCAGCCGCCGAAACAGCUCAAGUGCCCGUUAAAGUUCCUGGCAAAAGGGGAAGGAAACCGAAGGUCAAGGUCCUACCUCGUCUACCCACAAAUCAAACAGCAGCUCCUCCUCCAGGACUUCAUGCUAAGAUCCCAGUGCAGGCGCAGAGUGCCCAGGCCAAGAAUCAUGGCCAGGCCAACAGUAAGACUCCAGCCCCCUCAGCCCCAAAACAGAGGGGCCGCAAACCCAGAGAUCCUGGUGUAGCGCCAGUGGAGAAGAAGAAGAAGGGGAAGAGGAGAAACCAGGAAGUGGCUGUCCAGGAGGGUGCGGAGAGUGAUGACACUACCUCAAUGUCUACCCUCAACAUGGGUGAGGACAGCCAGGACCCUUUGGAUAGUGCGAAGCGGCGGUCAGGACGACAAGUCAAGAGGAGGAAGUAUAAUGAGGAUUUGGACUUUAAGGUGGUGGACGAUGACGGAGAGACCAUCGCAGUCCUUGGAGCCGGUCGCAUCUCAGCACUCAAUGCAACUGCUCUGGCGUGGCAGGCUGAGGAACCACCUGAAGACGAGGCCAACAUCAUUGAGAAAAUCCUGUCUGUCAGAACCGCAAAGAAAGAGACACCAUCGUCAGAGAACCAAGCGGAGGAGACAGAGGAGUUUUACGUCAAAUACAGAAAUUUUUCCUACCUUCACUGCAAAUGGGCCACUCUGGAGGAGCUUGAGAAGGAUCCCAGAAUCCACCAGAAGAUCAAACGCUUCAGGACCAAACAGGCUCAGAUGAAACACCUGUUCACAGAGCCUGAUGAAGAUAUAUUUAAUCCAGACUAUGUAGAGGUGGACAGAGUGCUGGAGGUGGCCGUUACCACAGAUACGGAGACAGGAGAGGAGGUGACCCAUUACCUUGUUAAAUGGUGCAGUCUCUCAUACGAGGAGGCGACGUGGGAGCUGCAGGAGGAUCUGGACCCAGAGAAGGUUAAAGAGUUUGAGGAGAUCCAGAAACUGCCGGCAGACCUGAGACACAUUGAGAGGCCUCCACCAGAAAAGUGGCAGAAGUUGGAGGACUCCAGAGAUUACAGGAACGGAAACCAGCUCAGAGAAUACCAGUUAGAGGGAAUGAACUGGUUAUUGUUCAACUGGUAUAACAGGAAAAACUGUAUCCUGGCAGAUGAAAUGGGUUUGGGAAAGACCAUCCAGUCCAUUACCUUUCUGUAUGAGAUCUUCAGCAUGGGGAUCCGCGGCCCCUUCCUCAUCAUAGCCCCACUGUCCACCAUCACCAACUGGGAGAGGGAGUUUCGCACCUGGACGCACAUGAACGUCAUCGUGUAUCAUGGCUCCCAGAUCAGCCGACAGAUGAUCCAACAGUACGAGAUGUUUCACAGGGACCCGCAGGGUAACACCAUCCCCGGUGUGCUGAAGUUUCAAGGGUUGAUCACCACUUUUGAGAUGAUCAUGGCCGACUGUCCAGAGCUGAAGAAGCUGCACUGGCGCUGUGUGGUGAUCGAUGAAGCUCACCGUCUGAAGAACAGGAACUGCAAACUACUGGAGGGACUCAAACUCAUGAAUCUGGAACACAAGGUUCUGCUAACAGGAACCCCUCUGCAGAAUUCUGUGGAAGAGUUGUUUAGUCUGUUGAACUUCUUGGAGCCACAGCAGUUUCCUUCAGAAAGCAGCUUCCUGGAAGAGUUUGGAGAUCUGAAAACAGAGGAACAGGUGAAGAAGCUUCAGGCCAUUUUGAAGCCCAUGAUGCUGAGAAGACUGAAAGAUGAUGUGGAAAAAAAUCUGGCACCAAAAGAAGAAACCAUUAUAGAGGUGGAGCUGACCAACAUUCAAAAGAAAUACUACCGAGCCAUCCUGGAGAAGAACUUCUCCUUUCUGUCCAAAGGAGCAAACCAACACAAUAUGCCCAACCUCAUCAACACCAUGAUGGAGCUCCGCAAGUGCUGCAACCACCCUUACCUUAUCACAGGAGCCGAAGAAAAGAUUUUGGAAAGUUUCAGGAAGUACCACAGUCUGGAUGCACCGGACUUCCAGCUGCAGGCCAUGAUCCAGGCAGCCGGUAAACUGGUGCUGAUCGACAAGCUGCUGCCCAAACUGCUGGCUGGGGGACACAAAGUCCUCGUCUUCUCCCAGAUGGUCCGCUGUCUGGACAUCUUGGAGGACUACCUCAUCCAGAGACGCUACACAUAUGAGCGCAUCGACGGCCGUGUACGAGGGAACCUGCGACAAGCAGCCAUCGACAGGUUCUGCAAGCCGGACUCGGACCGUUUUGUUUUCCUGCUGUGCACCAGAGCUGGAGGGCUGGGAAUCAACUUGACUGCUGCCGACACCUGCAUCAUCUUCGACUCAGACUGGAACCCUCAAAAUGACCUGCAGGCCCAGGCACGCUGCCACCGGAUUGGUCAGAGCAAAGCGGUGAAGGUCUACAGACUUAUCACCAGGAACUCGUACGAGAGAGAAAUGUUUGACAAGGCCAGUCUGAAGCUUGGUUUGGAUAAAGCUGUUCUCCAAGACAUCAACCGUAAAGGAAGCCUCAACGGGGUGCAGCAGCUUUCGAAGCUGGAGGUGGAGGAUCUGUUGAAGAAAGGGGCAUAUGGAGCACUGAUGGACGAAGAAGAUGAGGGCUCCAAGUUCUGCGAGGAAGACAUUGAUCAGAUUCUUCAGAGACGAACUCAGACCAUCACUAUCCAGUCUGAGGGGAAAGGCUCCACGUUUGCUAAGGCCAGUUUCAUCUCAUCAGGUAACAGAACAGACAUUUCUUUGGAUGACCCCAACUUCUGGCAGAAAUGGGCCAAGAUCGCCGAGGUGGAGAUCGACUCCAAAUCUGAGAAGGAGUCCCUGGUGAUUGACACGCCUCGGGUCAGGAAACAGACCCGUCACUACAACUCAUUUGAGGAGGAUGAGCUGAUGGAGUUCUCAGAGCUGGACAGUGAUUCAGAGGAACGACCGUGUCGUAGUCGUCGCCUGGGUGAACGCAGUCGACGUUACCUCCGUGCUGAGUGUUUCCGUGUUGAGAAGAAUCUGCUUAUCUUUGGCUGGGGUCGGUGGAAGGACAUCCUCAACCACGGUCGGUUUAAAUGGCACUUGGCUGAGAGAGAUAUGGAGGUGAUCUGUAGAGCUCUGCUGGUUUACUGUCUGAGACACUACAAAGGUGACGACAAGAUCAAGAGCUUCAUCUGGGAUCUGAUCACGCCCACAAAGGAGGGGCAGGACCAGGCGCUGCUCAAUCAUUCUGGUUUAUCAGCUCCAGUUCCUCGGGGUCGGAAAGGGAAGAAGCUAAAGAAUCCAUUAAGUGUCCCUGAGGUGAAGAACGCUGACUGGUUGGUCAGCUGUAACCCUGAGGUGGUUCUGCAGGAUGAGAGCUACAAGAAACAUCUGAAACAGCACUGCAACAAGGUGCUGUUGAGGGUGAGGAUGUUGUAUUACCUGAAGGUGGAAGUGCUGGGUGAAGCUGCCAAUCAGGCUAUGGAGGGGAUACCUGCCAGUAAACUUGAAGUGUCACUACCAGACAUCGACUACAUUGAGAUUCCAGCAACAUGGUGGGAUGCCGAUGCUGACAAAUCUCUCCUCAUAGGUGUACACAAGCAUGGAUAUGAGCGAUACAAUGCCAUGCGUGCCGAUCCAGAACUGUGUUUCCUGGAGAGGGUCGGGAUGCCAGACGUCACUGCGCUGUCUGCUGAACAGGAAGGAGGAGAGGUGGCCUCCGAUAUGGCUGAAAACAUGUGCAAAACUGAGGAGGUGAAGGAUGACACUGAUGUUAAAGCCGAUGGAGGGGAAGAUAGAGACGAGAACAGCAAGGGCGAGGAAACCUGCUCCAGCACCGAUACCUCAGACAAGCCAGACAGCACUGGUCCAGACCCCCAAAUAUCUGCUGAUGUGUGCACCCAGAAUGGGACUUUAGUCACAACCACUACAACAACGGGAACGGGAACAGGUGUGGCAGCUCUGCACGUGGUCCAGGCCCGACCCCUUUGGCCCAGUGGCCCUGCCAUAACGGCACGUAUACGACGCCUCAUCACUGCCUACCAGCGGUUUACGCUACGCCGAGAGCCUCUGCUCAGACACGACUUCUUGCUUCACGACAGCCUCGUGGGCAUGGGGGUCGGUGGAACUGGAGCCUCUCACAGUCAUCACACUGGUGGACCACACACGUGGCAACUGAGUGAAGAGCUGAGGAGGUGUUCUGUGGUCAGCACAGAACCUGACCCCCUGUUUCUAGAGUGGCAGAGAAGGUGGACUCGUCGGGAGCAAGCUGAUUUUUAUCGCACCGUGUCGUCAUUUGGGGUCGUGUAUGAUUCAGAGAGGAAAAUCUUUGACUGGUCUCAGUUCAGAGCAUUGGCUCGACUGGAGAGGAAGACGGACGAGAGUUUGGAGAGAUACUUCAAUUCCUUUGUCAACAUGUGCAGGACAGCCUGCAAGCUGCCUCUGAGAAAGGAAGAAGGCCUGGUGGACCCCACCUUGUUGGUUGAGCCUUUGACUGAGGAGAGAGCAGCCCGGACUUUAUACCGCAUCGAGCUGCUCCGCAAAAUCAGAGAGCAGGUUCUCCAUCACCCUUUACUCUCGGCCCGCCUCCAGCUCUGCCGCCCCUCCCUCUACCUCCCAGUUUGGUGGGAGACUUGCAAACACGACCGCGACCUCCUCAUUGGGGCAGCGCGCCACGGUUUGAGUCGAACCGACUUCUACAUCCUCAACGACCCGCAGCUGAGCUUCCUGGAAGCGCACAGGAACUAUGUCAGGGGACAGCACUCCUCUCACAUUCAUCCUCAGAGUCAUCAUCACCCUCACCAUCCAUCUUUGACUUCUCACUCUGGCAUCUCGUCCUCCUCUACGUCCUCGUCUCAUCCGCAGCUUCCCCAUCCUCACUGCUGUUUGUACGACUCUGGCCUCAGUCACCAAUCCCCUCAGCCUCCAGAAUACCCCCACCAGUCCUCUCACCACCACCAGCAUCAUAUUGUCUCUCCAUCAGCUCCUUCUCCGUCCUCCUCCUCUUCCUCCUCCUCUCACCCACACCUCCAACCUCCACCACUGGAUGCCCAAGAUUCGGCCUCACCAAGCCUGGGAAUCGUGUCUGGAUCACGGGGCGAUUUCCUUGACUGUCCUCCUCUGGAUGAAACUCUGGAGCUGAGUUCCCUUCAGCAUGACGCCAUGUCAACAGAUGCUUUACACGGAGGGAAGACCUCUAAGGAUGCCCUCAACGGUUUCCCCUUUAACUCGGCUGCAGGAGGUCAAAGCAUGCUCAACUCAUAUGGUGUGGGUACGACAGACUUGGAUUCUAAAAUAAGGAGUGAUGUGCUCGUAGGUGAGCAAGGUUCAUCAGAGGAAACUGGGCUGAUGGCGCCAUCAGUGGAGCUGGACCAGUUACAGGCUCCCUGGGACAGUACGGACCACUCCAGUCCUACUCACCACAUGUUCAACGAAUCUGACCCAAUCCUGGGUCCCUCCACUCUGGAGGCUGGUUUCCUUGAGGAGGAGGAUGAGGAGGCACAGGGAGGAGACAGAGGAAGGGAGGAUGGUGGCAUUCUGGAGGAUUGCUUAGGCCUCCCACCCUCUUCCUCUCCUUCUCACCCAUCUGCAGGAGACCCUGUGGAGCCACUGUCCUCAAGUUACAUACUCUUUAAGGACAUUGGCGUGAGUGAGGAACCCAGUGCCGAUCAAACAGACCUGUCAGUGAGCCCCCCUCCCCCUUACGUCCCCCCUCCUCCUCUCUCUCUCUCUGACAUGACUGCCCAUGAGCCGCAGGUUAGGCUGAGCCACUCAGAUGUUGCCGAGAGCCUGUCCAAUCCUGUGGAUGAGGGAGAUGAGCAGGAGCAAGGCACAGGGUUUGAGUUUGAUGACAAAGAGGAAGAGGAUGUGGAAGACUUUGCUGGGGAGACCAUGGAACAGAACAUUCAAAAACAAGGAGAUCAAAGUAUGGAAGGAGAGCACUGUGAUGCAUACCAAGAUGCAGACCAAAGUUUGGUAUUAAAUCCUGACAUGGACCAGAUUGAUGGCCUGGGAGAACAGGAUGAGAGGAUGGUGGUCUCAAACCAUCUGUCUCAAGAGCUUCAGGAACACAUUGAGCAAGGGGAACAUAAGACUGACUUUCCUCAAGUGCAUCAUUAUCUUGGGAAGCUGGAUCAUUGCCCUCAGUCUAUUGAAGAAUCUGGGGAGGAUAUGGAUGGUUUGAUCUUAUAUCAGACAGUCGAUGGAAAGACAAUGGAAAACUCUGCUGAAUCUGGAACGUUGAUCCCAAAUGCGUCAGGAGAGUUCCUGCAAGUGAGAGAAAUUGUAGAAAAUUCCAGAGAGGAAGGUUCAAUGGAGAAUUCGGAUCUUUCAGAUCAGUUGGAUGAGAUCUCAGAUGGUCAGAUCGAUCAUGUUUCUCUUAUGGAUAUGCCACUAAUUCAGCCCUGUGAUGAAACGGGAGUAAAACCGUCAAAUACCAAAGCCAGUAAGAUGGAGCUGGACAGCAUUUACUCAGAAUGCACUCAACCUCCCUGCCCCUCUGCUUCCCUCUCAUCUGUUACAUUAGCAUCGGAGUCUGAUGAGACCUCCACAAAGAGCAGUGCAGAAGUUGGAGUCAAAACAGAGGUUUCUACAGAUCAGGUGAACUAUGAAGGUACAGAUGAAGACUGUAAAAAUAGAGCCCUGACAAUCUCCAUCAAUGAAGACAACAAAGACAAUCUUCUUGAUCAAAAUAAAAUUGAUGCCUCUUUACCUGAAAACAGCAUUGACACUAAACCAUUGGAUCUUAAGUUUCCUCUUUUACCAGGUAGUGAGAAUAAAACGGCACAACUGGAGCUACCAAUCAAAGUGGAGGAGACAAAGACAGAGAUUGUUGAGGAAGUAUUACACAUUUACCCUGACAGCUCUCACAUGAAACAAGAAAAACUUUUUUUCCACCCCGUAAAGUCAGAGGACUUGGUGACCAAAGCUGAGCAGCUGGACUAUCCUGUGAAAGAAGAAACACCAGAGUCUAAACCUGAAGAUCUAAGCCUUCCCAUGAAGCCUGAGACCUUAGACAGUAAACCCGAGAUUCUCCAGGUUGCUUCCUACCCAGAUAGUGUCCAAGUAAAACCUGAAGCCAAACCAGUAGCUCUUUGCUUUGCUUUUUAUCCAGAUGGAGCAAAACUUAAGCACGAGACGAAGCCAGACGGUUUAAGGAUAACAGCUUUUCCUGACACAUCUGCCAUCAAGCCUGAAGCCAAGCCAGACGUUCUGGAGUUCGCAACAUAUCCAGACAGCUCUGAGGUCAAACCUGAGAUCACGCCAGAUGGCCUUGAGUCUAUGGUUCUGUCUGAGAUCAAAGUUGAGAUGAAGCAGGAGCUGUUGGAGGCGGACAGCACAGUCCUAACCCCAAAGCUGGAACAGACAGAUGGGUUGGUGGACUCCACAGAGAGCCUGGUGGACAAAGGACAAAUAAAGGAGGAGAGGCCAAGUGCAUCAGUCUCUGUGGUGGAAGGAUACACAGACAGCCCCAGGUUUGCCACUCCCAUUUCCAUAUGUGAGAUUCCUGAUGGUCUUCAUGACACCAGGGAGCCGACCAUCGCACAGCUCUUACAGGAGAAAGCACUUUACUCGUUUUCAGAGUGGCCAAAGGACCGGGUUAUCAUCACUCGCCUGGACAACAUCUGCCACGCCAUCUUAAAAGGGAAGUGGCCUUGUCCGAGUGAGCAGCAACACUCGCCAGGCUCCUUGACCACCAACUCAUGUCUGGCCAACAGCCUAGCCCAGCAUCACCACCACCGAGCAGGGUUCCUCCCCACCACAGUAUCGAACUCCAUCACAGGCCAGACCAGAGUCCAGCAGACAAACUCUGGACUGGGCUUCCCCAUCCCACCCCCUCUCACAAGAUUACCUAAGUACAUGCCGCGGGGCAGCGCAUGCGGGCGCGGAGCUUGGCGCCUCACCUCCUUGCCUCUCUUACAGGAGAGGCUCGUGGCUCCUCCCUUCCUCCCCGAGCUCAAACGCACAGGAGGUCGGAGGUCUUUUGACUACGAAGCGGCUGCGGUGGCAGCUGCUGCCAAGGUUUUAGCUGGGAAGUCAGCAGCAGCAUGCCACACUGCUGCCACCACAAGCUCCAGCGGUGAGAAGGUGCCGGUGGUAGCCCCGCCUUCUCACCGCACAGCACCCAUGUUGAUCAAUGGCUGGCAAGAAACGGCCAUUGAUCUAACCAAGUCGUCUGCAGAAAUAUGCACCAGUGGUGGCACUGCGACAGGUGAGGCUGUGGUUGCACCAGGGAUCAGCCACCAUGGAGCUAGUCCUGGCAGCAGUCUCAAGUUGCCACCGCUGCCCCCCAUCACUGCACCCUUACCAGGCUCAGUGGGGAUCGACAUGGCCGGGAUACUGCAGGCUGGGCUAAUCCAUCCUGUAACUGGGCAAAUAGUUAAUGGGAGCCUGAGGGGAGAUGACUCACUGAGGAGGAGGAGAGGGAGGAGAAGAAACGUAGAGGCUCUGUACUCUGAGUUCACCAAGAGCCGAGGACUGCACUUGCCUGAGACACAGGGCCGGGUGGAGGUGAUCAGCCACUCCUCUGUCUCCUCCUCCACUUCCUCACCAUCCCCCUCUCCCUCAGAGCGACCAGCAGGUCCCCCCACACCGUCCUCCUCUUCUACUCCUACCCCCACACAGACGCCUCCUCAGCCAGAGAUCAUGGCCAUCGACCGAGAGGCAGCCAGCAAAGGCCUGAUCGAGUGGCUGAGACAGAAUCCGGGCUACAGUAUGGAGCUGCCCACGUUUGCUCAUACUGGAGCAGGUCUGUUACAUAGUUUUGUGGAGCGUCCCAAGCAGAGGAGGCAUCGCUGUAAAGACCCAACUAAGCUGGAUAUCAACUCUCUGACGGGAGAGGAGAGGGUUCCUGUUGUGCACCGAGGCACUGGACGCAGACUUGGUGGUGCUAUGGCUCCAGCUAUAAAGGAGCUUUCCAGGUGGCUGGAUGCCAACUCGGAGUACUACGUAGCUCCAGACUGGGCUGAUGUGGUCAAACACUCUGGUUUCCUCCCUGAGGGGAAGUUCUCUCGCAUCCUGACGGAACCCGUCAACAGAGAUCCGGGUGCACGGCGCCGCGGACGGAGGCCUCGCAGUGAGAUGCCAAAACCUCUUCUGUCUGACUCCGCCUCUGGCCUGGGUCCCCCACUCUUUAUGAACGGUGGUUUAAUCAGCAGCAUGGACUCUAUGGUGGCUAUGCAGAGUCUUCGUGGUGGUAUUCCUGGCAUUCCCAUCUCUGGGAUCAUGGCAGCUGGAUUCCCUCCUGGUUUUUCUGCAGCUGUGCAGGCAGGAGCAGCUGGAGCAUCGGCAGAAGAUGCCAAGAAUGGGUUAAGUAUGUUACCCAUGAUGUUGCACGGUAUCCCGCACCCCCAUGGGGCUGCGAUCCCACAGCACGCCUUGUUCAGCGUUGGUGCAAUGAUGGCGCACACGGCGGCGCCACCUCCUCCUCACCCCAGCUCCUCCUCCUCCUCCUCCUCAUCGGCCUGCUCUUAUUCUGUGUCCAAGGUCACAACCACGACUGCACCUUCUACAUCUGAGAUAGGCAGCACCACAUCGACAACACCUGCCGAUAGAGAGAGUGCUGCCUCCUCAGCUGCUGGUGGCGAGAAGGAGAGGAGCCAUGAAGAGAAAGGAGCAGAGACCAACAAAAGGCCAGGAGGGUUGGAGGCUGCAACCAUCAUUACCUCCACCAGCAGGCCCCAUCUUGGCUCUGCACAUCUGGGAGCCAGUGCCAGCAGCCAUCUUACCUUCAACCCCUUCCUGAUCCCGGGCAUGUCUCACGGCCUGCUGUAUCCACACAUGUUCUUACCACAUGGUGGAAUCAUGGCACUGCCUGCCAUGCCACCUGGUGUAGACAGUUCCCCUGGAAGCCCAAAGAGGAGGAGGAAGAAGGGGAGGGAGGAAGGGGAAAGAGAGGAGGAGAGGGAGAAGGUAACAAUAGGAGAGUUACAGGAGAGAGGAAGUACAGUCAAGGCUAGUGUUGCCUCCUCCUUAUUCCCCUCUACCUCGGCUCUAGACCAAGGCCCAACUCUGACUGAGGAGUCCCAGACUGGGCAGGGAGGUGGCGAGGACAGGCCUUCAGAGGAACUGGACUCCCAUAACCAUCCUGAGGGAGCAUCAGCAGCAGCAGCAGCAGCAGCAGAGGAGAAUGAGGAGGGAUUAGAGGAGACUGGAGGAGAAGCAACAAGGGAGGAGAAGCAGGAAACUGUGGGGCAGAGACAGGUGGAAGGAGAGGAAGCAUAGAGGAGACAAACAAACUGCGGAGGGCAGAGAGACAAACCACUCCCCCUACUCUGUUCCAUCUCCUCCACCAUUGCUCCUUUUCUCGACUGAGCAACAGUGUAAAGUUUGUGCCGUGUCUGUCAGUUAAUGUCCAUGUAAAGACUUUUAUUAUGACAAUGACUAAUAAUAACGAUAAUGAUUAUAUUCAACUUGGUCAUGUUUAUAUUCCAAGACCCCACCCACCGUCCACACUCCCUCCUUGUAUACAAACAAGUGUAAGAAAUGAUCUGUGUAUUCUUCCCCUUCAUUCUGCAUCAAGACAAAAUCAACAGGAACACACACUUGCAUACACACACACUGCAGGCAAGAUGUGUUAACCAAGAAGCUACUUUAGAAGUCACACAGUAAUCCCAGAUUAUCUGUUCUGGUUUCAGACUUGCAAAUUUAGAUCAAUGUAUGAUUGGAGAGUUGUGACACAGCUAUCACAGGUGGUUUUUUUUUCGUCUUAAUGGAUACUUUAGGAAAACAUAAAAUAGCGUACUUUGAAAAGUUUCUGAGUGCAGCCCUUUUAAAAUGUAUUUUUUAUUUUUUUAUAUUUCAUUAACGUAACUCUAAAAUAAGAUGGUUUAAGGAAGCUACCAAAUCAACCAAAUUUUUUUUUUUACCCAUUAAAAUCAAGAAAGCUGUGGCCUUUAUAUUAACUAGAAUGUCAAAAAAAGUCACAUAACAAUGAUCAGCCAGUUACUCCUCUUUAAGAUAAUGUAAUUGUUAUUUUUUAUUUGGCUUUAUAUUUGGUUUAUAUAAUCAAUUCUCUGCCACUGCUGCUAACACUUCUUUUUUAAGAAGUUAAUUUACAUUUAACACCAGAAGAAUCCAGAUUCCAAAAACAGGAACUUUGUCUUAGAGAUUAAUUGAGUAGAGUUUUUUUUUUUUUUUCAUUUUCUUUUUUUUUUUUAGAUUACGUUAAAUCUUAAGAUCAGACACAAAGUCACUUUUAGAGAAGAGGCAUAAUCAGAUUUGUAUUUUUCUUCGCCCCAGGAGCUAAAUUGAGCCACCAGGGGGCAGUACGAGUCAUGUUACAGGCAGCAGAUUAUUCAGCAGACACCGAUUUGGAAAGAGUCCCAACAGCAUCAUCUUACAGUGAAUCAGUUCAACAGUGGCUUAUAAACGCUGUAAAACGACUGCUGCAUAAUGGUUCCAAUCGUGACCUGUAGCAUCAGCAUCAGCAUCAUCAUCAUCAUGUCAGUUAAUAUGUUAAGUGUGAGAUUCUGUGUUGAGAGAAACACUUUCUGUGUGACGUCCAUCAUCUGUCCAGUGAAAGGGAAACGUCUGUUUCUUUGAGAGAACAGAUAACACAAGGAGGAUUAGGGGUACAGAGCGGUGUCGCACCUCAUUGUUUCUUUUCCUCAGAUUAGUUUUACAGUUUCUAAAUAUGUAAAUCUAUCACUGUAUAUUUCUCUUUUGUUAAGUUUUUUUUUGUUGUUUUUUUUUUGUAAGUGCACCAUUUUAUUUCUCUGGCCUUUUUGUUUCUCCAAUGGAAAAAAAAAAAAGAAAAUACUUGACACAUGUGAGGGGAUUUGCAUUGAGGUUAGCCCCAGUGUUUUCAAUAUCAAGCAGACUGUACUGUACAUUUAGUGGAUGCAAGUGGCUGGCUUUCUUCUCAACAGGGUCUGUAUUUUGAGGGUAUAAUGUCAGAUAUUUCUGUUUUGUAAAGUUGGACUUCACUUCUUUUGUUUUCACACAUGAAAACAUGAUUUUUGCACAGUGUCUUUUUGUGAAUGUUAACCCGUUGUUUCUUUCCUUUGUGUGUGUGUGUGUGUGUAAGUGAGAGAGAGUGUGUGUGUGCAUGUAUGCGCACACAUUUUUUUGUUGUGUUGUAGCUUUUCUGUCUACAGGUCACAUUUCUCGUUGGGGGGAGAAAAAAAAACAUAGUUGUUGCCUUGUCACAAGUUUGUGGCUCUAUAUAAUUUAUUCUACUUUUCUUUUGCUUUGCCAAACUCUCACCAAAUAUGACAUUCUUUCUCAUUUCAUUAUCUAUUUACAAAUGUAAAAUGCCUUAUUUAGCUCGUUAUUAUUAUUGUUGUUUUUUUUUUCUGUAUAGAUGCUCUGUUACAUCUCCGUUUAGGGACGUCAUUUUAUCAUGUUUAUGUUCACAUACAUGUUCGUACAUGGCCUUGGUGAUGUGCAUUAACAGUAAAGUGAAGGUACUGCUGUCCAAAUCACGCGUUCUAAAAAAAAAAGUCAAUCAAGUCAUCGCUCAAAGCACAAAAUGAUUUAACAAAAAGUGACUCUUUCCGUACCUGUGCCUCUAAAAAUGACCGACAGUCUCUCCUUUUCUUUUGUGGGCAUCACUAUUUUGACAGCACAUUUCCACAGCGAAGUUAGCGUUGGAAGACAAAUUAAAUGUUGGAAAAUGUGAAACUCUCUGUUGGAUUUCUUCUAAACUCCCACAUGGUGUCAGAGUGUAAGAGCAACCUCAAAAAGAGUGUAAGUUUGGAGGUUCAUGCUCGUCGCUCUAAUCAGUGGCACCCGCACCCGCGUUCACCCGUGUACUGAAACCUCAGCGGUGACGGUGGCAAGAGAAAAUGUUGCAGUUUGGAAACCCUGAAAUUGAACUUAAAAGUAUGAUAACGCACAUGCUGUAUUCACAAUAUAACCUUUAUGGAUCAGUUGUUAUGAGCAGCUCCUUUUUUUUUUUUUAAAUGUGACUCACUUCUUUCAUUCUCGUAUAGAAACUUGAAACAAACCUGUUGGUGCAGUGUGUGACAGCAGCUCAGUCAUGUUGAUGGCUCUGUAUUGUCUCGUCGUGUCACAUUUCACACCAUGCCUUCUUUAACAGUGUUCUGUCCCCCCCCUUUUUUUUUUUUUUAAACUGAAGUCCUUAAGCUAAGGUCACCUCGAUUAAAAAAACGAAACAAAAAAAAAAAUCUGUUGUAAACGUAUGUCAUCAUAAAUAAUGUAUUUAUUGUGAGGUUCUCGUCUUUACAGCGUCGUCUCAUGACUGAUUAAUGGCUGAUUUUGUUACUGUUGAAACAUUUCCUGAAAGACAAAAGUGUUUUGGUUCACAUGGAAGCUAAACUGUCACCUUUUUUUUUAUUUUUAUUUUUUACAUGUAAUAACAUGAUGAAUAUUCCCUGAAGUAUCUGCUCUUUAAAUGUGCCAUAUGUUAAUAACCUUCCCUGACGGUGAUCUUCUGAUUAUUGGGCUCAAACCUAUUUCAGUAUCAAUUCCCAGAAAGUAACAAUUGCCCCAGAUUAAAAAAAUGUGGUGAAUAAUUAUUAUUGUUAUUUUUUGGACCGCAUUUUCAGAGAUGUCUGUGGAGUGCAGUACUUAUGUUAUUUCAGAAGCUGCACACCCAAAAAGCAGACGUAGAUUUACACAAUUACUCCUUUACGUAAUCAUUUACAAUAUGUUUUACAGUUUGUUAUCUUUUGUUAUGUGUGUGGAAUACUGCAUUAUCAAAUCAUAUGGAUCUGGAUUCCACUUUCCGAAGUUAAUGUAAAACAGUUCUACAGAAAUGCAGACAAAUCUUGGAUUCGAGCUCGAAAAGAAGCGAUCAUGCCUGAAAACUGUUCCGUUUGCUUGUUUGUUUACCACCCUGUCACUGGCCAUGACAUGCUACGUCUGCCAUUUUCACAGAAAGGUAUGAGAAACUCUCGUCACACGAGGACUUGUGACUUUUUGUCAGCUGAUCUGUGGCUGAUCUUUGACCUGCCUCACUGUAGAAGAAGAAGGCCAGGCUGUGUGAGAAAACUCACAUCUUCCAAACACACCGCACAGCUCCAGUUCUGAGUAUAAAGUUAAACAGGAUUAGCAGAUGUGUCAAUAUAAAGCUUAAAAGUCUAAUGUGAAAAAAUAAAAUCUACUAUCAAAGCAUUUUGCCUUACUAAAGAGAAUCUUAUAAAAGCAAGAAAACCCUUGUGUCAUUUGUCAUCUGGUUCCAUUCGUCACAGGCUGGUUUUCACUGACACUGAUUUAUUAGCCUUGAAAUGAGAAGUGAAUAUAAGAGGGUUUUUCCCCUUUGUUUGUCUAACAGUUUGAUAUAAUGUGGUUUAGGACUUUGCUGCAAAUUAAGUUUUCUUUAAUUCCCCUUGAACAGUUGGACUCGGAUAAAUCUUCGAAACACAUUUUGUUUUUUUGCAAAAUGACAGCGUGAAAUAACAGUUUUAGGCAAAUCAAAUCGAUUCCCGACAACCGCAAUGACCGUAUUUUACUUCACUAUGCUUGUUUUGUUUUAACAAAGGCCUGUCAGAGAAAUCAGUGACGAUCAGAAACAGCUUCACCAUCUCCGCCUGAACUCAUAUCUGUCAAACCCACUUUAAUGCAAUGCAAGCUGAAUAUCUGACGCUAAAUGGACCCAAACAAAUAGGUGCAAUGUAAUUGACAGACCACUACUGACUGGUCCUGAGUCAGUAACCUUCCUUGGUGGGGUUUUUAUUUUUCUUUCUUUCUUCCUUCCUCUUUUUUGUUCAUAUUAGUAACUAUAUCUCUCUGUAUUCCCAUGUGGACCAAUCUCAUGAGUCAAAACAUGGUAUGUGUGAUCUUUUAUUGUGCAAUAAAAGAUGACUUUCAACUUUG